UGGUCCAAGAGCUUUUGAUACAUUUUUUUUAUCGAACGGCGAUUGCAGAACAAUGCCUCCACCACCACCGCCACCACCUCCACCUCCACCUUCCCUGAUUGGUCCAGGUUCUGGAGGCAGUUCAGUCCCAGUUGGCAAGAAACCAGCAGCUUUGCUUGCUGAAAUACAGAGAGGAACUGCUCUCAAAAAAGUUGUCACUAAUGACCGUUCUGCUCCUCUGGUUGGAGGAAAACCCACUUCGUCGCAUGUUGGUGGAGGAGUCAGUAUAAAUCAGCUCGAACGUGAACCAAAACCAGGCUCUGGUCUUGGUCGUCCUUUCGGUGGCGCAGGGCCAGCUCCUAUAGGAGGUCUUUUCGCAAAUGGUCUGCCGUCGAAACCCAGUGAAAAUCGAAUUCGCAGAGCACAUACGACGGCCAUCACACCUCCAGCUCCAUCGCCGCCAAGUCUACCAAAACAGAAUUCAGACGCUCGUUCAUCCCCGUCAAAUCAUGGUGCUCCACCUGCACCACCAAAACCUUCCGAGCUUAUGGCAAACAGCAAGCCAUCGCCACCGCCACCUCCCGUCCAAAAACCUAACAUUGGGUCUACUUCUAGUAAUCGUGAUCAAUUCAAAACUAUGCGACCAUUCAAACCAGAGAUGAGUUACACGAACUCAAAACUAAGAAGAAGUGGUAGCUCAGAGGACGUAUCAUCGCGUGAGUCUACUCCAGCACGAGCUCCGAUUUCUCGACCAUCGUUUCAUCCACCAGCACGACCAACAGCUCCUCCUCCGCCACCGCCCAUCGUGCGUACUAAUGGUGUACAUCCUCCAGACCCGCCUCCACCACCAUCCGUGGGACCUAUAGCCUCAGGCCUUACCAGCAGAUUUGGAAGCUCGCCAGCUGUUUCACGAACAGAUGAAAGUGCUCCACCACCUCCACCGCGAGGAGCGUCCAAGGUGGCUAGCUCAGUUGCGAGUCCACCUCCACCGCCGCCCAUGGUAAUGCCAAAAUAUCCACCAAAAGAUGCUCAUCCCCUUGACCGAUUCACGUUCAAGCCGCUAUCAAGUCUCCCUCCUCCUCCUAUUCCAUCAGGACGUGCGUUGUGAACAUUACUUAUUCUCAAAAAUCAUUAAUAGUUUAGUGCCUUUUGCCUCACAAAGUGUUUUGUUUCAUUACUUCCUUACCUUAUGUCUCACAACUUAUCAUUCUUAUUUUGUACUUCACUGCGUUCGACGAUUCACUUCGCUUGUUCUAUGUUCCUCAUUUUUGUCACAAUUAACUUGAUGUUGACGCAUUUUCAAAAUUGACGAUGCUUUUACUUUACGCCAUACAGUACAUGAGCAAGCCCAAUCGCUUGUGCUUUGGCGCGAGUAGUGUUGAUAUCUUCUAGUCCUUUCCCAGCAAAUGUUUUAUAGUGUAGUGCCUUCUCAGUCUUAUAACAAGUUGAAGUUUCUGUGAUCGUAUACUCCUGUUCUCGGUUAUAACGUUUCUAUUUUAUCUGCGCAGGAGCAAUAAUAUCAUGCAAUUUGGUGUAUGUUCCCAACGAGGCUAUGUUAUUCUUCUAAUCUAUUUUCAAAUUUAUUUUCUCGUUAGCUUUCUGUAUCAUAUGCGAAUAAAUGGAGACUACA